AUGUCAGGGAAAGAAAUGAGAAGACGCUCUCGCUCCGCGUGGGGUUCGCUCUUGUUGCUUCUUUUGCUGCUGGGGUGGUGUUCAACGGCAGCAGUGUACGCCCUGGAACUUGAUAACGAUAAGAUGGUGUCAAACAUCAUCCCGCAACUCUAUGUGCUUAUAUUUACAGGCCCGAUGACGGACUUCUCGGUCGAUACGUUCCUCAGCAAAAUGCUGGAAAUUCUCGGCACUCUGCCGAGUGAGGUGUUUGAAGAUGCAUCACAGCUAGAGCUGCUGGAGUACUGCAACUGGGACAACCUCACUGUGAAUGAGGACUCCUACUGCCGCUUUGGCGGGACGAUCACAACGACGGCAAGCCACACACUCGUGCGGUACGGCGUGGCGGUCGAGAAUUCGCCUGAAGUGGGAAAACUCGACUACUCUUCGCUGGGGGCGGCGGCUGGCCCCUUCACGCAGGGCACAGACCCCGCUCUCUACGUACCGGAUGAGGAGCAUCUCACCUUUGUGCGGGUGGUGAUGGCGAACAGCGUGGUAAAGACGGUUAUUGGUAUCUUCUUUGUGAUGUUCGUCAUGAUUCUUUUGUGUGGCAUCCUCGUCUGCCGCUGUCUCCGAGACCGCAGCCAGGAAAAGGAGCGAUCGGAACUCGUACGGCGCACGAUGGCUGCAGCGGCUCCACAGCAAGAGCAGCAGGAGCAGCAAGUGGACAGUAGAAAUCAUAGGGAAUUAGGUCGGGAGUUCGACGAUGUGGUGGAUGGAAGGGGACGCGAAGUCCGGUGGGGCGGAACAGAUGUCACGAUUGCCUCCUCGCAUGUGUCCUCGUACUGGCCGUCUUCCUCCAACGUGCAGCAGCAGCAGCAGCAGCAGCAGCAAGGGAAGGAGUGGCAUGAACAGGAGCUCGCGGUGAAGCCACCCGCCUCCGGGCCAUCGUAG